AUGUCUCUCAUUUGGCUGACGCUGUUGUUCUCAGCUCAUCUGGCUAAAUGUGUGCCAGAGAAGCCAAAGAGAUCAGCUCUGAACCAGCUGACCAGGACCCUCCUCAGGAAAUACGACUGUGGAGUUCGACCUGUUUACAACUGGACCAGUCUUACCACUGUCUACAUAGACCUCAUACUACAGUCCGUCCUCGACGUGGAUGGAAACACCCAAAGCAUAACUACAAGUAUUUGGUACAGACAGAUCUGGACAGAUGAGUUCCUGGUUUGGGACCCAGAGGAGUUCGAUGGUAUCAAUGAGAUCUCACUGUCAUCUGACGCCAUCUGGGUACCUGAUAUCAUCGUUAGUGAAUUUGUGGACGAGGGGAAGUCCCCUACGAUCCCCUACGUGUACGUCAACUCCUCCGGCUCAGUGAAGAACUACCGGCCCAUGCAGGUGGUGGUGGCCUGCAGCCUGGAGAUGUACGCCUUUCCAUUUGACAAGCAGAACUGCAGCCUUACAUUCCGCAGCUGGCUUCACUCAGUGAAGGAGAUAGACCUAGCUCUGUGGAGGAGCGCAGAGGCCAUCGCUAAUGAUAAGAGGGAGUUCAUGAAUGAUGGAGAAUGGGAACUGUUGUCCAUUCCCUCCCACUACUGGAUAAUCCACCAAGACAACACAGACUACGCCCACAUCCAGUUCAAUGUGUUGAUCCGCCGGCGCCCCCUGCUGUAUGUGGUGGGUCUCCUCAUCCCCAGCAUCUUCCUCAUGCUGGUGGAUGUGAUCAGCUUCUACCUGCCUCUGAACAGUGGCACGCGCAUCGUCUUCAAGAUCAGCAUACUGCUGGGCUACACUGUCUUCAGGGUCAACAUGACAGACGAGCUGCCUUCCACUGCAGUCAGAACUCCACUCAUAGGUGUGUUCUUUGUGGUGUGCAUGGCCCUGCUGAUGCUCAGCCUGAUAAAGUCCAUACUGGUGGUGAAGCUGCUCCACCACAGCGAGGAGGAGGUCAAGCAGAUGUCAGUGUCGGCCUGCCUGCUGGACAAGUACGGCUCAGCUGGUCAGGGCUUCUCUGAGAGCGCCUUAACCUCCAUCAAAACCCUCGACUACAUCAACUCGUCCGGAGAUUAUGAGCUGGAGCCCUCACUGGAAGAGGAUCUGCUGUCUCUGAAUGAGAUCCAGAAUCCUCCCUCUGCUCUGGAGUGGGUUCUCCAGGAGCUGGCGUCCCUCCGCCAGGCCUUAUCCGAGGAGGACACAGAGUCUUCGACUCAGGCCGAGUGGCUGGCUCUGUGCUCCAAGCUCGACUGCUUCCUGUUCCGCUUUUACUUGUUGGUUGUGGUCGUGUAUGCCAGUACUCUGCUGCUGCUCUGGGCCAGCUGGAGCUUCGCCUGA